AUGCCAGAGGAGACCGUUUUAGUUGGGUAUGCCGAUGACGUCGCAGCCCUCAUUGCUGCACGCAACGUUGAGCUAGCCCAACUGAAACUGAACCAAGUCAUGCGCGUUGUAAACGCCUGGAUGACUGAUCAUGGUCUGACACUCGCUCUGAGCAAGACAGAGAUCGUCAUCCUCACGAAAAAACGGAUUGAAACCAUCGUUCCGCUACGAGUUGGGAACGUAGUUGUCCAAACCACGCGAACCGCCAAGUACCUUGGUGUCAUGGUGGACAACAAGUUGAGCUGGAGGGACCAGAUCUUCCGUUCGGCGGACAAGGCUGCUAGGAGUGUCGCUGCUCUUAGUAGGCUUAUGGCCAAUGUCGGUGGUCCCCGGUCCAGCCGUAGAAGACUACUGAUGUCUGCAGUCCAGUCCGUGCUUCUCUACGGCUCUGAGGUGUGGGCAGACGCGCUUAACAAGGAGGCGUAUAGGUUGAGGCUCGCACGAGUGCAGCGUCAGGCGGCACUCAGGGUCGCUUCCGCGUACCGUACGGUGUCCGAACCGGCCGUUUUGGUGAUCGCUGGAGUUAUCCCAGUCAAACUCUUGGCAGCGGAGAGGAAGGCAAUCUACCAGAGACAAGGCUACAUCGGAAAGAACGCUGCAAGAACAGAAGAGCGCUCCCGCACUUUUCAGAUGUGGCAAGAAAGCUGGGAAAGGGAGACUCGAGGACGUUGGACUGCCAGACUCAUCAGGCAGGUCCAACCGUGGGUAGAACGGUGGCGCGGUGAGGUUGACUAUUAG